GAACAGGAAGCCAAAGAAAAGCAAAGACAAGGUGAAUUAGAAGCUGUUCCGUUGGCUAAGAAGAAAGAAGAGGAUGAAGUUAGAAAAAUGAAAGGCAGAAACUUCUGAACUCGUAAGGACCAAACAUAACCUACACCACUUGGAUAAUCAUUAGUCUGUGAAACUUGCUUAAAUAAAGAAGGACAUGUAAAGAAAAAUCAAACAUAACCUAUACCACUUGGAUAAUCAUUAGUCUAUGAAACUUGUUUAAAUAAAGAAGGACCUGGUAGAUGGGGGAAGCACCCCUCAACAGCUUGAGGAUGGUCCAGUUGAUAGUCACACCUUCAAAUGCCCUUGCAGAUGAGCCUGUGUCCAUCCGAGCAACAGGCCUGUGUCCAUUGCAGAUAGUGACCAUCAAGGCGACACUGAAAGAUGAGAAGGACAAUGUGUUCCAAUCCAAAGCCUUCUACAAGGCUAACGAGGCUGGUGAGGUGGACCUGGAGCAGACACCCGCCUUGGGGGGUGACUACGUAGGGGUUCACCCAAUGGGCCUCUUUUUUUCUCUGAAACCCAAGAAGGCUUUCCAUAGGCUGAUCAAGAGAGAUGUGAUGAACAGCCCCCUUUGCAUCAGUCUGGACCUAUACGAAUCUGUUAACAUUCUAGAAACAGUCACGAUUCCAUCCAAGGCCAGCCAGAGAGUGCAGCGCUGGUUUGCUGGCCCUGGGGUUAAGCGGGAACAGAUUCAAGAAGGUCGGGUUCGGGGAGCCCUUUUUCUCCCUCCAGGGAAAGGUCCUUUUCCAGGAAUUAUUGAUUUGUUUGGUUACAUUGGGGGUCUAAUUGAAUUUCGUGCCAGUCUUUUGGCUUCCCAUGGCUUUGCAGUGCUGGCAUUGGCAUAUUUUGCCUAUGAAGACCUACCUGAGAAACUGCAAGAGGUGGACUUGGGCUAUUUUGAAGAAGCUGCCAACUUCCUACUAUCUCACUCCAAGAUCCAACAGCCAGGAAUUGGUGUGAUCUCCACGAGCAAAGGAGCAGAGAUUGGGCUAGCUAUGGCCUGCUAUUUGAAGCAGGUGACUGCCACUGUCUGCAUAAAUGGGCCCACCACCAUCACAAGCUUACCACUAAGAUACCGGGAUCUGGUGGUGACACCCAUCGAACAUGCUCUGGAAUGGAUCCAAAUCCAUGUUUCAGGGGCUGUUCGCUUCCGUCACACUACACAGUAUCUCCAGAAUAAGCUAUACUCACAGAAUAUACUUCCCGUAGAAAAGGCCCAGGGGAAGAUCCUCUUCAUUGUGGGAGAGAAUGAUGAAUGCUUGGAUAGCAAGUUGCAUGCACAGAGGGCCAUGGACCAUCUCCGGAGGCACGGGAGAAGCAGUGGAAGGAUGCUGGCAUACCCUGGGGCAGGCCACCUCAUAGAGCCGCCGUAUUCUCCCUUUUGCUUUGCAUCCUGGCAAUCUGUCCUUGGUCAACCCAUGUGUUGGGGAGGAGAUCCCAUGGCUCACGCAGCAGCCCAGGAACACUCCUGGAGAGAGAUCCAAAAGUUCUUCAGGCAACACCUCCUUCAGUCUGGAAGAAAACUCUAAAAGAUGUGUCCAUACCAGAGUAAAGGGGUGGGAGUGCCUUAGGGAAAAUGUUGGAAUUGGUAUGAGGAUAAAGGCCUCAAAUAGGGCUGGCGAGAUGGCUCAGUGGGUAAGAGCACUAACUACUCUUGCAGAGGUCCUACGUUCAAAUACCAGCAACCACAUGGUGGGUCACAAACAUCAGUAAUAAGAUCUGGUACCUUCUUCUGGUGAAUCUGACGAAAGCUACAUUGUACUUAUGUAUAAUAAUAAAUAAAUCUUAUUUAAAAAGCAUGAUAUAGGGAUUGCUGGGAAAGAGUAGGGAUGUGGGUCAGAAUUCUCCUUGCUUUAUUACUCUCACAUUCACCCCAAUUCAAUUGGAAGGAAAUGAGCUAAAUUAAAAGAACAAGACACACCUGCAUCUGAGGUGUUCCUGACAAAUGUGUAUGUAAUUUGCAAUUUUCUUUUCUGUUUUUUAAACAUCAGAAGUUUUUGGUUUGGUUUUGUUUUUUAAUGUUUUU